CAUUGUUGACACCUGUCAACACGUGUUCACAUUAUGGUGCAACAUUAAUAAAAUGUCUCUUCUAUAAACUUCUUGCAAACAAAAAAGUUCUCGAAACCAAGAGGAACUACCAGUUGGAGUCAUAUUUCUACGGUUCGGAUGCAGUGAAGUUUACAAUGGUGUGUAUAACUAGUGUGCUUCAGGCUCCUAUCCAGUCCUUCCUCCGCCCAGCAAUGUGGGUACCCGGAUGUAACAAAUUACACUCCCAUAAAGAAAUUUGGAGAUCGGACUCUGUCGGCGCAGACGCACUGCUGGAGGACAUCAUUAAUACUGUGCCUGAUCUAACGGAGUGCGAUUCUACCGGGUCAACAUAUGUAGUAAAUAAGGUGGAUGAAGAAAGAGGAUUUGUCAGGAUAUUUGCUUUUACCUGGGCGAACUGGCUAGAUGUCAUGGAAUUUACUCUACGCGGCAAUAAAUUACAGGCACGUUCAUUUUCCAGUGGGUUUUUACCUUUGUCGAUCCCAUUUGCAGCCAUUUUGAAUUGUGUUUUGUUCUGGAUACCGUUUUACGACAAGAAGUUCAACAGGACUCGGUUGGACGCUCUACGAGAAGCUAUGUCAGCGGACGUGAUAUCACAGGAUGUUUGAGUCUUCUCUAUACUAAAAAGUGUACUCGGACAUAAAAAAAACCGCAAAUAUCUAUCAAGAAGCUAUAUCAGUGGACCUGAUAUCACAGGAUGUUUGAUUUCUGUCGGAAACAAUGAACCAUAUUUACCCAGAGGCCAUGACAUGCAUACAUGUAUUUGUGUUCUGACAGGAGAAAAAUAAUUUAUAUUGAUAUACCCUAAUUGUAUGCAAAUAUUAUUCCAAUUGUAUUAAGCCAAAGUUAUUGUAUUUUACCAAAAUAUGUCUCAAAUAUAUUGACAAGGAAUGGAAUACUUAUUGUUGAAUGUCAAACAUAUUUCUUUGUUAUUAAACAAACUCGUCACUAAUUUGACUUGAAGUGAGAAAUAUAUAUGUAUCUAUUGCCAUAGAUACUUACAUUUAAUAUUUUCUAUACAAUAGUAAAAGAUACUUAAAUCUUAUUUUUCUACACUAGUCAGAGAUGAUUAGAUUUAAUAUGUUUAUAGACUAGUCACAGAUAAUUAGUCCAUUAGGUUUUACACAAUAGUUACAGAUCAUCAUAUUUGAUAUUUUUUUUACAAUAGUCACAGAUAAUUAAAUCUAAUAUUUUAUACAAUAGAUACAUGAAUUUAAUUUUUUAUACUGUGUAUUUUAAUAUGUCUCAAAUAUAUUGACUGGAAGGGGAACUUUAUAUUAGUUUUUUGGACAAAUCAUUUUGUAUUGUAUGUUUUUUUCACGACAAAGGAGAAAAAUGAUAAUGGAUGUUUCCUUGUUCAAAAUACACUGCCAUUCAUUAAAAAAAACUAAACAUAAUCUUUUGACUUGUUUUGAAAUAUUAUAAGUGCAUCGGAAACUCUUACCUUGCAAUUUCGUCAGUGACAAGGACAAAUUGCUAUACAUAGCCCACCUUGAUGAAGUUUUAAGGGAGGGUCAAGGUAGGGACCUAUUUUCGAAGAUAUUAAAAAAACACGUACUUUAACUUUACACUCUAUGAAUGAUGACUUCAAAUAUCAAUGUUAUUCAGUGAAAAUGCGUUCUCAAUUUCACGAAAUUUCCAAAAUGACAUGAUAUUGGAAAAUUGUUAUUAAGAUCAUCAUGAGGAUUUGUAGAUCAGCUAUAUCCGUGUCAGCUAUUAAUGGACUAUAAACGUAUCAUGAUCAGAUGUUAUCAAAAUAAAAUUAGGAUUUUAAAUAUUUAUAGAUUUGCUGAAUUUCAAAAUAUUUUCUGUAAAGUGUAAAGUAUGAUUGGCAGUGUUUCUAUAGAAGGUGUACACUUUAUCUUACUUAAAAUAAGUUUAUAGGCAUUUCCAUCAAUACAAAUGAUCUAAAUAUCAUCGAUAGGUGAAUUUUUACUCCCUUCAAACAUGUCAAAAGUUCUUGCUUUACCCAUUAAUUAAUCUUACCUGCUCAUCGUCAUCUUAAAAUUCUCAAGUCAAACUACAAGUAAAAAUUCAAUUCGAAGUAUUACUAGUAAGGAUGUUUAGAAAUGAGAGAUAUGUUGAUUCUAUCUAAACGGAUGCGAUUGGAAAUAUUUACGCGGUGACCAUGCUGUGUUUCACAUUUUUGGAAGCAUAUCAAAAGUAUAUUGUACCAAAAAUUAUUUCUGAUUUUGACUUUGGUGAGAUAUUCUAGUAACGACAAAUUGAGUUGAUAAAGAGUACAAAGCCUCCCCUAGACAAGUCCAAGUUCGAUUCAAAUAUUACUCUUUACAUUAAUGAGACUAUCGCACUUUGUCAUUUAUUGAUGACGUCGUGAUUUAUGAAGUCAAACUGGUGAUGUUAUAUGACAGAGCGGGAUAAUCACGUGAUAAAGUAGAACAUAUAUAGACAUUGACUACGCGUCAAGAAAAAAGUCAUCUUUAAUGUGAAAAUGUGAUCUUGCCAUGAUUUGUAUAUCUGUAUAUAGAUAUAUGCCUAUGUGUGUUAACAUACUCUUGUUGAACAUUGAAUGUAAAACUGUUUAUUUGCGAUAUUACAUAUCAUGUCACCAAUAUAUUAAUUCUAACUGAAUCUUG